AUUUUAUUUUCAUGUAUCCAAAUUUUCUGUUUCUCUUAUCCGUUACGUUAUGUUCAGCUCAACAAUUGAUGAAGCUACCUAUCAUUGAACAUAAAUAUACAAAUGUUUUACAAAAACGACAGAAUAUACCUGCUAUACCUUUAUUUAAUGCCAAUGCAAGAGAAUAUUUAAUCGAGAUUGGCAUAGGAACACCACCUCAAAAAUUCAACCUAACAUUAGAUACCGGAAGUUAACCAUAACAAUAGGCAUUAAUUAGGCCAAUUACUUAUCUUAUUAGUUCGGA